CUUACAGUUAACAAACAAAUGCAUUGAGUGGGCAUGUAACGAGCUCAAAUUUUGUGCGACAUGCAUAGUUCCCUCUUCUUUUACGCAGCUUUCUACUCUGUGUACAGAGGCGUUGUCGAUAAUGUGUCUGCCCUACAGUUAAUCAACCCGAUUUCACUUGUUAGACGAAACGGUUCUUCGAGUUCAAGUAAUAGGCGUUUCCUUAGUCGGUGUUCAAAAAGUUCCGAGAGGGAACCUUGUAGAGUGGUUGUGGUUGGAGGAGGUUGGGCUGGUUUCACCGCAGCAGAUACUUUGGCAAGAGCAUCUUCGAAUGUAUCAGUUACCCUCUUGGAUGCGUCACAGAGGGGCCCCGGAGGACUAGCAGGUGGCUGGAGAACGCCCAAGACUGGCCGGCCCGUCGAAGCAGGAAUUCAUGGCUUUUGGAGAGAGUAUCGUAAUACGUUUGCCAUGAUUGAAAACAUUGGUUUAGACCUUGACGAUGUCUUGACAAAUUUCACACCGUCAAUUUUGGUUUCGGAAAAUGGACGCGUCGCCCUCGCACCCGUCCUCGGCAAUACAAUGGACAAGCCAAAUCAUCUACAAGCCAACAACCUGGACUGGUCUAAUCCUCGCAGCCUGUUGGAGCAAAUAGCGCCUUUGUUGCCGUCGCCUUUAGAUGUUGCUUUGUUGGCUGAUUUCAAUCCCGACUCGGAACUCUCCAUUGCCGACAGAAUCAGCGGUAUCGGGUUGCUUGGUGCAUGGGCCGACUUUGUACAAGAAGACCGCGACUCUUGGGAAAGAUACGACAAGAUAUCAGCUGAAAACUUGUUUCGCUCGAUUGCAUCGAUUUCACCAAACUUAUACCGCGACUUGGUCGCUCCUCUUCUUCAUGUUUUACCAAUGACCCCAGGAUACGACUGCUCCGCAGCUGCAGCGCUAUCCUGCUUCCACUUCUUUGCACUACAAUCUCGAGGUGCGUUUGAUGUACGCUGGUGCCGUGGGAGCAUUUCGGAACGCAUCUUCAAUCCCUGGGUUGAGAAGCUGAGGGAAAGCGGCAAUGUUUGCAUUCAAGGCUCCGCUCGGGUGACAUCCAUUGAACACUAUGGCGGAGAGUACACGGUAAUGAUCAACAACAAGGUGUCCGUUACAUGUGAUGCUGUUGUUCUUGCCGUUGGCGCCACAGCGGCAGGAAGAUUGAUUGAUUCGUGUCCACCACUGCAGAAGAUUCCGAAUCUAGCUUCAAAGUGGAAAGAACUUCGUGGUGUGAGCUGUGUAGCGGUUCGUCUCUUCUUUGCAGAACUUCCGCCGAGUCUUGCCUCUGCUAUGAGCGACUCUCCUGUUGUCGUAUGCGGGCCGAAUAUUGGGGGAGCCCCGCAACUCGUUGAGACUGGCUUUUGCAUCUACGAUCUGUCUCGAUUGCAAGAUGACUUCAAGGGCGGCGGUUUUGUGGGAUUGGAGGUCGAUUUUUUCCGGGCGGAUGCAAUUGCAAAAAUGAGAGAUGGCGACAUUAUCAAGCUUACAUUGGAUGCUGUCCAAACAGCACUUGGAGUCGAAAGCAUCGACAUGGAGCUCGUCGAAGAUUCGGCGGUUAUCAGAGCCCUAAAUGCUGUAUCGCAUUUUUGCGUCGGAUCGGCAAGCAAGUCACCUCCCGUGAGGAUUACGAAUGGGCUCUACAUUUGCGGCGAUUGGGUUGAUCGAAGCGGGCAUGCGUCGUGGAGCACCGAGAAGGCUGUGGUUACUGGUUUACAGGUGGCCAACGCAAUUGACAGAGACUUUGGAUUGGAUUGUAGGCAAGCAGUUAUUCCCGCUGCUGCCGAUACCCCGCAACUCAUGGGCUUGCGAAAGGCUGCCAAGGCAUGGCGCAAUGCAUCACCUCCGCGAUCGUUCCCACUAGCCUAA